AUGGCAAAUGGUACAUAUGGUAAGCCAAUAAACCCAUUUGAUACCUCUGUCAAGAUUCUGAAUAUUGCAGACGAGGCUGCAGCUGCUGGAUUUUAUGCAGUGCUUCCUGACUUUAUGCAUGGAGAGCCCUUUGUGUUGGACAAACCUGAUAGGCCUCUACCAGUUUGGUUGAAGCAUCAUUCAACGGACAAGGGAUUUGAGGAGUCAAAGACAAUAAUAGAAGCUAUAAAAAGUCAAGGUGUUUCUGCAGUUGGGACUGUAGGCUAUUGCUGGGGUGCCAAGGUUAUAGCUGAGCUCUCAAAGUAUGAGCAUCUUAUCAAGGCUGGUGUGUCAUUACAUCCUGUAUGGGUCACUGUGGAUGAUAUCAAAGAUGUUAAGGUUCCGAUUGCUAUAUUGGGAGCUGAAACUGACCAUGCUUCCCCACCGGAACAGUUGAAACAGUUUGGGGAGAAGUUGUCUGUAAAAUCUGAGUUCGAUAGCUUUGUGAAAAUAUUUCCUGGCGUGUCUCAUGGAUGGACAGUGAGGUACAAUCUAGAGGAUGAAUCGGCUGUCAAGAGUGCUGAAGAGGCCCAUUUGGACAUGUUGAAUUGGUUUACCAAAUAUGUUGUCUAGUAGUGAAAAAUUGCUUGCACCCAGAAGAAGACAAAUCUUAGGUCAGAGGACUGAUCUUACGCAACUCCAGUGUAUUGUAUGCAGAAAACAGCCUUCUUGUUCCAUGUAUUUGGUGAUCAUGAACACAUGAAUAUAUACAUAAUCAUGGCUGAAUAUUUGAGUUGUGAUAUUAUUACUAAAAAAUGAUUUCCCCAAUUGGGGUUUUUCCAUAAA